AUGGUGAAUAAAACUCUUUUAGGAGCCUUCAGGUGGGCAAAUUUGGAAGGAUUGGUGUGUCUGGGGGCGGCAGUCCUGUUCAUCCCUCUCUUUGCCUAUGCCAUUGGAAUACUGGGCAUAAUCACGAUAUAUUUCAUUAUCCUAGUUGGAAUUUUACUUCUCUAUGCCGCGCAGCUGCUCCUUUCACGGGCUGCCAGCGUUCCCAAGCAGCCUGGAGGCACUGGGGCCCCUUAUGCCUUAGAAGGACGCCAUGUCCUGAUAACUGGUGGCUCAAGAGGAAUCGGCUAUGCUAUAGCAAUGGAGGCAGUGAAAAGGGGGGCAGCGUUGAUUACUUUAGUAGCUCGGGAUCCUGCGGCUCUUCAAGAUGCACAGGGCAAGUUGUUGCACAAGGCUGACGCACUCGGAGCAGCCGUUCGAGUGCAGACUGUUACAGCCGACUUGAUGGACCCCGCCGCUGCAACUGAGUGUCUGGAUCUUGCAGUUCUUCUGAAAGGCGUCGUGAAGCAGUCGAAGGCUUGGAGGGAUGAAGCGGAGAGGCCGAGAGCGCCAAUUGAGAUAUUUUUCUGCAAUGCGGCGGAUGUGGAUCCUCGACCGUUGUGUGCAACGGGGGCUAGCAAUAUUCAAAGAGCUGUGGCGACGAAUUUGUGCACGCCGAUUUUGCAAGUCAAGCAUGUCUUGCCUUCCAUGAUCGAGGCGGGGUUUGGGGCCAUUUGCUUCAGCAACAGCCUUGCCGCCUUUGUCCCAAUCUACGGUUUCGCAGCAUAUAGUGCAACAAAAAGCGCUCUGAAGGCAUUUGCAGAGGCGAUUAACCAGGAAGUAGCAGGAGUGGGAGUGCUAGUCGCAAACGCCUUCAUGCCCAGUGUAAACACCCCAGGAUACCUGCGUGAAAAAGAAGUUCGCCACAAGCUCACCGAAAUUCUUGAGGAAACCUCCAAAGUGAAGCAGCCGGAAGAGGCUGCUGAACGACUUGUUGGCCACUUGGAGGCAGGUCACCGGGUCAUCACGAUUGACUUUGAGGGAUGGGUGUUAGCACGCCUCAACGCGGGGUUUUCCAGAGCGGAAUCCUUCGCGAGUCUGUUUUACGAAUUUUUCAUGAGUGGCAUAUUCCGACUCGUCUGCGUGGGCCUUUCCUUGCAGUUUUAUUCCAUCAUUGCGAGAGAACAGCCUGCAGCAUUAAGAAGAACGAAGCUCGCAUAA